AUGGGGCCGGCGGCGGCGCUGGGGCUGCUCCUGUGCGUGCGGCUGUGUGCGGGCUCCGGGGAGCUGCGUCUGGUGGGCGGCGGCGGGCGCUGUGCCGGGCGCGUGGAGCUGAAGCACGGCGGCGAGUGGGGCUCCGUGUGCGUCUUCGACUUCGACCGGGAAGCUCGUUGGGCCGAAGUGGUGUGCCGGCAGCUGGGCUGCGGCCGGGUGGCCAAGGCGUCCGUGUACGCCCCAUUUGGGCAGGGCACCGGGCCGAUCUGGCUGCAGCCCCACUUCUGUAAUGGCACCGAGGAUGCCCUGGAGGAGUGUCGGAACUUUGGAUGGGGACGGCACUACUGCGGCCACGAUCGGGAUGUGGGAGUGACCUGCACAGGUGCCGUGGAGCUGAGGCUGGCAGGCGGUGGCAGUCCCUGUGCCGGGAGGGUGGAGGUGAAGCUGCAGGGACGCUGGGGCUCGGUGGGAGACGACAGCUGGGACAUGAAGGACGCCGAGGUGGUUUGCCAGCAGCUGGGCUGUGGCUCGGCUUCCCGCGCCUACUUUGCACGUGAGCACUCUGGUGCAGGGGACGUGCCCCUCAAUAUAAAUUUGGUGGACUGCGAUGGGGACGAGUCCACGCUCUGGGAGUGCGAGAUCCGUGGCUGGGGACCCUAUAACAGCAGCAUCCAUGACUUUGACACUGCCGUUGUCUGCCAAGGCUUUUCCCGGCUGGUCGGAGCAGAUGGAGCCUGCGGCGGGCAUCUGGACGUGCGGCAGGGCCGGGCCUGGGUGGGUGUCUGCGAGGAUCAGGUGGACAUGAAGGCGGCCCAGGUGGUGUGCAGGGAGCUGGGCUGUGGGGCGGCGCUGGCCGUGCCCGGCAGUGGCCGAUUGGCGGCGGGAUCGGGAUCGCUCUGGGACGGGGGGUUCCAGUGCAGUGGCACGGAGCCCCUCCUCAGCGCCUGCGCCCGGCGUCCGCCCCGCAGCCCGGGCUGCAGCGGCCCUGCCAGCGUCAUCUGCUCCCCCUACACGGGCUUCCGGCUGGGGAACAGCAGCUCGCGGUGUGCCGGGCGGGUGGAGGCGGCAGUGAGGGGGACGUGGGGGUCGCUCUGCGCUGCCGAGUGGGACCUGCCCGAUGCCCACGUGCUGUGCCGCCACCUGGGCUGCGGCCGCGCCCUCAGCGUGCCCCCGGGAGGCUCCUUGGGCAGCGGGGAGGGGCCGCUGUGGCCGGACGCCUUCGGCUGCAGCGGGAGCGAGCGGCACCCGGGCGAGUGCCCCGUGGUCGUGCUGGGGAAGCCGCCCUGUGCCCCUGGAAACGCCGCCGCCGUCAACUGCUCAGACACUGUCGAGCCCCUGCGGCUGGUGGAGGGAGAGACACGGUGCAAUGGGUGGCUGGAGGUGGCCAUUGACACCAAGGGCUGGCGCCGAGUGCCGGGAGAGCUUUUGAUUGUACAGAAUUUCAGCAAUGUGUGCCGGGAGGUGGACUGUGGCGGACUGGACAAGGGUGAUGGUAUCCCUGGUAAAACCUACCUGAAGGACCUCAGCUCGGAAGAGGAGGCCAUCAUGGAAAAGGUGAUCGAAACCAUCGAGGGGAUGACCACCGAUCUCCCUGAAAAGCAAUCCUUUCCCUUUGGGAUUUAUAAUGAAUUUAUGACCACUGCACCAGCUCACAUCCCUCACGGGGCGGCCAUCGUCUGCUCAGGCAGCCGGCGGGUGAGGCUGGUGGGGAGCUCUGGGCCCUGCGCCGGGCGCGUGGAGGUCUAUUCGGGCGGCACCUGGAGCACGGUCUGCCAGGAAGGCUGGGACCUGCGGGACGCUGCCGUUGUCUGCCGUGAGCUGGGCUGUGGCACGGCGCUGGAGGCAGCGAGCUCGGCGCGCUUCGGUCCGGGUGCAGGGUCGCCGUGGCCGUACAUCCCCGACUGCUCCGGGACCGAGGAGUCUCUCUGGGAAUGCGGGCACAGGGAAUGGCACGAGUGCGGGCGCGGCGGCGGGGCAGGGGCCGUGUGCUCAGAGCAGCUCUCGGUGCGGCUGGCAGGCGAGCGCGGGCGCUGCCGCGGCUUCCUGGAGGUUUCCCACAACGGCACCUGGGGCCGCGUGUGCGCCAACGGCACCAGCCCCGUCACCGCCGACAUCGUCUGCCGCCGGCUGGGCUGCGGGCUCCGGGGCUGGCUGUCGAACGUCACCGCCCAGCAGCCGUCCCGUGCCUGGCUGGCCUGGGUGCGCUGCGAGGACGGGGCGCGCUCGCUCUGGGGGUGCCCCUCGGCUCCCUGGCACCUGCAGAGCUGCGGCCCUGCCGGGGACGCCCACGUGAACUGUGAGGAGGACAGUGAUGGCACCACUGAGACAGACACUACCCCGAAUACGGAGGCUGCCACCAGCACAGUGCCUGUGGGGAGUGUUCCUGUGCCAGUUGUCCUGUGUGUGGUGCUGGGGACGCUGCUGUGCCUGUCCCUGGGUGCCCUGGCCCUGCUGCUGUGCCGUGCCCGGUGCCAAGGCCCUGGCAGAGGUGCAGAUGCCAUCUCCAAUGCUGUCUACGCGGAGCUGGACUACACGGCGAUGCCCGAGUACCAGGAGGUGCCCAGUCGCCCAGGUUCCCUGCUGGAGGGAUCGCUCAAGAAGCUGCCCUAUUACAGUGGGGACAGCGUGGAGGGGAGUGACACGGAGGCAGCCCCAGAUCCCCCUGCCCGGCCCGAGCAAGGAACCCCGGACGGCUACGAUGAUGUCCUGGAUGUGCCGCAGGAGGCCCCCGCUGCCAUCUCCGGGGACAUCUCCCAGGGAGUGGCACAGCACAGGUGGAUCUGUGUCCUCCCCACAGGUGGGAUCUGCCCCCCUCCAAGUCCCCCAGGAGAAACCAGGGACCCCUCGGAGCAGCCCCCGGCACACACGGACUACGAUGAUGUCGGCAGCAGCGCCCUGGGGACGAUGCCAUGAGGAUGCCCUGGCCCUGCCACAUCCCUGGGGACACGUGUGUGGCAGUGUCCCAGGUCCCUGUCCCCAAGAAAUGGAUGGCCCUGUCCAGAGAGGUCACCCCUCACUGUCCAGCACUGCAGGAAAACAGCUCUUGUUUAGGGAUUUUCUUUGAUUUCAUUGUGAAUUUCCCUUCUUUCCUAUUAAAGCUCAAACUGGUCAGAGACUCACUGCCAGGCCUGGGUUGUCAGUGUGGCGCUGGCACCUCUAUACUGGGUCCAUCAGCCAUCCCU